AUGCAACACAAUGGGAUAGUACAUAAACAAGGGAGGAUGGCAAUGGAAGUUAGGAAAGAAGCAGUCAAAAGCGCAAGGAACGACACAGCAAAAGAACUAAUUCAAUGGGAUUUGGAUGGGUUACCAAAUGUACCAUCAUCAAGAUACGGAAACUCGGAUGUUCAUGAUGCCAAUAUUGAAGAUGGUAAUCCGACUAAUUGGAUUGGAAAAGACUUUGAUGACCAAGAUUAUGGAGAAGAUUUAGAAGAAGAUUAUAUAGAAGAAACACCGGCAUGGAAUGUUAUACCAAGUGAUGAAUCAAACCAAGAAGAGGAGCCACAAGAACAACAACCUUCAAAAAAACGAAAAUUUACAACCCCACAAAAACGAAGACAACCAAAAAAAUCAACACAAACAAAAAAACCACCACUACCAAAAGAACGAACACAAGAAAAAUACCCAACAAAACCAAAACCCAAAAACAAAAAAAAAAGACUCAAAAGGAGUUAA